CCUCUGCAGCGGUUCAUGGAAUGCUUGUCACACCGAGCAAGGCUGAACUGCUGAAGCUCAAAUUGAUGGAGAUAGAGUCUAUGGAGGAUAUGAAUCACAGAAAAUAACUUUAUGCCUCCCGCCAAUCGCCUUCUCAUUCUUCUUCCCUCUCCAGUCGAGCAGCAGAUGGCCGCCAUUCAUACAGCAUCAAUUAACAGUCCACGGCCCCGACUAAAGCCCGAACUAACUCAAUUCGAGCUCCUCGACCAGAUUUGUCGACUGUUAAUUCUCCGGCGCUAUAACGCCUUGGACAGCCUCAAAAUUGAUUUUUCCAACUCCCUCGUUGAGGCCGUUCUCCGGAAACUCAAGUUCAACCCGAAAGCUUCCCAUCAUUUCUUUAAACUAGCCUCGAAGCAACAGUAUUACAGACCCCAUUUGAGAGCUUAUUUCAUAAUCGUUCACAUAUUGUCUAAAGCUCGAAUGUUUGAGGAGACACGAUUUCUCUUGGAUGAGCUUGUGGAACUCUCCAGUCCAAAUGAACCGACGUCGCUUGUUUGGAAUGGGUUGGUUAGAGUUCAUAAAGAACUCAAAUUUUCUCGGACAGUUUUUGAUAUGAUUCUUAAAGUUUAUGCGAAGAAGGGGUUAAUUAAGAAUGCAUUAUAUGUGUUCGAUAAUAUGCCCAUGAGUGGCUGUAUGCCGAGCUUACUCUCAUGUAAUAGUUUGUUGAGUUGUUUGGUGCGAAAACGUGAAUAUCAUACUGCAUUGUGUGUUUAUGAUCAGAUUAUUAGAAUGGGAAUUUCUCCGGACAUAUACACUUGCACAACAAUAGUAAAUGCCUACUGUAAGGAUGGUAAAGUUGAAAGAGCUGAGGACUUUAUUCAUAAAAUGGAUGCAAUGGGCUUAGAUGCAAAUAGAGCGACUUACCAUUGUUUGAUCAAUGGGUAUGUUGAGAAGGGUGAUUCAAAGGGAGCUGAAAGAGCUUUGAGAUUAAUGAUUGAAAGAGGAAUAUCCAAGAACAUUUUGACAUAUACGUUGCUAAUCAAGGGACAUUGCAGACAGGGGAAUAUGGAGGAAGCAGAGAAAGUAUUCCGAGGAAUGGAGGUUCCAGAAAAUGAUGCAGUAGUUGUGGAUGAGCAGGUCUAUGGUGUAUUAAUAAAUGGGUUUUGUCAAAUUGGGAGACUAGAUGAAGCCCUCAGGCUUCGUGAUGAGAUGAUAAACUUAGGCUUCAAAAUAAACAUAUUUAUUUGCAACUCUUUUAUAAAUGGUUAUUGCAAAUUCAGUGAACUUCAUAAAGCAAAAGACAUAAUAAGGACUAUGAACGGAUGGGAUGUGAGACUAGAUUCUUACAGCUAUAAUACCUUAUUAGAUGGGUAUUGCAGGGCUGGUUUGAAAAGUGAAGCAUUGAACCUAUGUGAUGAAAUGAUUCAAGUUGGUAUUGAACCAACACAUGUAACCUACAAUACUCUCUUGAACGGUUUUUGUCAAUCUGGUGCUAUCAGUGAAGCUUUGGAUCUCUGGCAUAUGAUGCGUGAAAGAGGUAUUUCAUUUGAUGAGGUUAGUUGUGGUACUCUUUUUGUUGGGCUUAUUAAGGCCAAUGAGUUUGAAACAGCUACAGUGUUGUAUAAACACAUUAUGGCUAGAGGGUUUAAUAAAAACACAGUUCUUUUCAAUACAAUUGUUCAAGGACUGUGUAGGAUGGGGAAAAUGAUUGAAGCAGAGCAGCUUCUUGACAAAAUGAAGGAGCUUGGUUGUUCACUUGAUGGAAUUACUUAUAGAGCCUUAAUUGAAGGUUACUGUAAAGAUGGGCAGACCGAAAGGGCUUUAAGAGUAAAGGGAGUCAUGGAACAGCAAGGAAGCCUCCCUUCCAUUGAAAUGUACAAUUCUCUGGUUACUGGAUGUUUUUUGGUUAGGAAGUUGAAUAAAGUUGAAGAUCUUAUCAAUGAAAUGCAUACAAGGGGAAUACUGCCCAACGUUGUUACGUACGGUGCCCUUAUUAGUGGAUGGGUUAAGGAAGGGAAGAUUGACAAAGCUUUUAAUUCAUAUUGUGGGAUGAUAAGUAAGGGGCUGAUUCCGAAUGAGAUCAUAUUCAGCACAAUUAUUAGUGGCUUAUAUAGGCAUGGCAUGGCUAAUGAUGCAUUCAUGCUGAUGCAAAGAGUAUUGAGCAUUGAUAAUAGUCUGAAACUUAAAUGUCUUGACGACGUUUCAACUCCUCACUUCAGAUCAUUAGAUGUUCAAAAAAUUGCAAAUUCCAUUGAUGAGGGGUCAAAAUAUACUGUCAUGCCCAAUACCAUUCUAUAUAAUGUUGCAGUGGUAGGGUUAUGCAAAAUUGGUCGUAUAAGUGAUGCAAGAGAAAUGAUUGGUGCUUUGAUAGAAAAAGGCUUUGUACCAGAUGAGUUUACAUAUUGUACCUUGAUACAUGGUGUUUCAUUAGCUGGUAAUGUUGAUGAGGCUUUUGCAUUACGGGACGAAAUGCUUAAAAAGGAUCUUGUUCCUAACAUUGCGAUAUAUAAUGCUCUCAUCAAUGGACUUUGUAAAACUGGGCAUGUUGAUAGAGCAUUGAAGCUUUUUCAUAAGCUUCGCUCAAAAGGCAUAACUCCCAAUGUUAUCACCUAUAAUACUUUGAUUGAGGUGCACUGCAGAAAUGGUAAUACUAGGGAAGCCCUUGGAUUGAAAGGCAGAAUGUUAAAAGAGGGGAUUGCCCCUUCGGUUAUUACUUAUUCUUCUUUGAUUAAUGCUCUGCGUAUACAAGGUAAUGCAAAUGAAGCAACAAAAUAUUUAGAUGAAAAGCUAAGGGCAAGUGUAGACUUCGACCUUGUGACAUAGAGCAAAUACAGCUAUUAGGUAU